CCUGCUAUUGAAUGGUGAAAGAAUUACCCAAAUCGGUCCAGUAGUUACUGAGCAUGGGCUCGUCUGCUAAUCUCGUCUGCUUUUUAGACACCCCCCUUUUCCUAGCCUAUUACCUGUCCUGUAAUUCAGUAAGUAAGGUGCUGGUGUGUCAAUAUGCCAUUUUUCAACAAAACAAAUAUAACCCAAGAUGGGAUUUAUCAUGAAAAACAGGUACGCGAGCUCUGUGCGCUGCACGCGCUCAACAACGUCCUACAAUGCCGUGAGUUCAGCGAGCGCCAGUUGGACGCCAUAUGCGAGCGGCUGGCCCCCGGCUCCUGGCUCAACCCGCACCGCUCCGUGCUCGGCACGGGCAACUUUGACGUCAACGUGCUGAUGGCCGCCCUGCAGCAGCGCGGCAGGGACGCCCGCUGGUUCGACAAGCGCAGGAACGUAUCCGACCUGGUGCUGGAGCACAUUGAGGGUUUCAUCCUGAACCUGUUCACCGAGUACCGUCUUGGGCCGCUCACGCUGCCCUAUUCGCGACGCCAUUGGGUGGCGCUGCGCCGACUGCGCACGGCAGGCCUGCCAUCUAGUGAGCCGGCCGCCUACUACAACCUCGACUCCAAGCUGCAGGCGCCCGAGAGGAUCGGAACGGAGGAGGACCUGAUCCGCUACCUCGACGAGCGGCUGCGCUCCAAAGACGUGGAGCUGUUCGUCGUCGUCAGUCAGGAGGCGGCCGAGGACGGGCGGUGGAUCCGACCGGCGCCGGCAGCGCCACCUGUCGACCGGACGGCGGACUCGGAGUGCGCGCCGCCGCCGCCAGAGGCGCCCGAGUCGUCCUCCGGCCGGGCGCGGGUGCUGUGCUCCUCUAACGGCUCGGUGGUGCAGCCGCACCACCACAGCCACGGACAGUCUGGUUAGCAGGAGCACGGCCCGGGUGGUGGAUGACGGGGGACUGGGCGGCCUGGCUUGGGAGUCUGGGAGGGCCCGGACUCUUGCCCAGACACCGCACACCGCUAGUCGUCGACUUUGUUCACAAAUGACAGCACUCGGCCGUGCUACGCAGCGUCACUGGCGACCUUAGCAAAGUCUGACGUCACUGGGGCGUUGUAACGUCACAGGGAGGCUGUGCCGGGUCACGGGGUCGGUUUGGUGACCUAACAGUGCCUGUGGCACCGUCCAUGCGCGUUAGAUCGCCGGUGCAGCGGUAGGGGACGGACUGGUCUGGCUGAGGGUCGUGAUAGCUAUGUUGGCGGGCAUACAGUUGACCCGUGGGGUCGUAGAUUCUUCAGAUUUACCUGGGAUCAGAGUGGAAUGGAGUCUAUGGCCCACAGCGUAUAGGUUAACCAGAGUCUAGACUUGUUCGCCUGAAAACUAGUCCUGCCAGCUCAAGGCAGAAACAGGCUCUUUUGUCAUUCGGGAACUCGCAUACAAGAGCCUAUUCAGAUACCAUAGACCUGGCUCGCAUCAGUGGCACGCACGAUGGUGCAUGCAAUUAAUGCGAGCUAGAGUUGAUGUAUUUGAACGGGCUCUCGCAGAUGACUCUCUGACUGCCCAAAGAGUCUGUUUCAGCCUUAAGGUGCUAGGCACUCCACUCCGGAGUCUAGGCUUGCUAGGCCAGAAACCAGGCUUACUAGGCCAUGACUAGGCUCGCUAGGCUAAAGACUAGGCUCGCUCGACCGAUGACUAGACUCGCUAGUUCAAAAGCUUGGCUAGUUAGGUCAAUGACUAGAAUCACUAGGCCAAAGACUAGGCUCAUUAUGCCGAUGGCUAGGCUCGCUAGGCCAAGGCUAGGUUCCACUAGGCCAAAGGCUAGGCCCGCCUGGUUGAAGGCUAGGAAUGCUAUCCUGUAGACUAGGCCCGAGCGGCCAGAGCUUAGUUUCGCUUUACGGGAAACUGAUGGAAGUACCAUGGCUGUUCGACUUUGCCUGCUGGUCACACGAUUGGGUUAAGAGCGCGUGGCUGAUAUUAGGGACCGGACGUCUCUUUCGUGAUUUAGCUGACUUGUCUAAUAUUUGGCGGUGUCAAAGUUUGACGCUUCGAUAUGUGUUCACGUUUGGUCAUGAUGUGAAAUGUGCAACGCGGAUUUUGUGCGGUUGUAUCGGGCGCAUAUAGACUAAAUAGCUGGAAAUAUUUAUGCUAUGAACAGAUUAAUAUAUGGACACAAGACAUCGAACAGUUAACUUAUAAUAUUUUGUCGCUCAACUUCCACUUGUAUGUAUCGGUGAACUUUGUUUCCAAGUGGGCGUUAAAGAGGGACGAUAGGUUAUCAUGAAAGACUAACUGGGUUGUUUAAUGUUUUUAAGUUGUUCUCUGUUCAUCGUUUCUGAGCCUAUUGGCUUGUUUUACUAUUCCAAGCUGCUUGUUGCUUUAGUUACCUAUUCUAUUCGCCUUAUCUUUCUACGGCGGCGCGUGAAUCGAGUUGAUUGCAGGUGUGUGACGCCUUUUUUCUAUUUCCAUCCCCUGCUUCUUCUGUCCCUCUGUUCGCCGGUCCCUGUUCCGUGUUCUGUCCCUUCUCGCUAUUCUGUUCCCCUUCCUUUUCCUCUCCUUAUUCCGUGCCCGGUGUGUUCCCCUCUCCUUGCCCCUUGUCCUGUCGGUUGCCCCGCUCUGCCCUGCCUUUCCCAUGCUCUCUCUCUCUCUCUGUCUCUCCUCUGUCCCCUCUCUCGUCCCAUCGGCGGGGGUUCCCCGAUCCCAUGGACGAUGGCUGCGAGUUGCAACAGACGUCUGUUACGUCUAAUCGGUGUUCCAUUUCCGGCGGUGACUUGCGCUGUUUGUUGAGUGGCUUAUUUUGUUUUUGAUUGCCUGACACUGGUGAUUAUGAAUCGCGUGCCUUUAUGAGUGUUCAGAGAGCGCCACUCGCUUGAAUGAGUCACACAGCCUUGAAGUGAUGCGUGUAUUUGCCCGGGGGCAUAGCUGCGGUAGAUACUGGAGCUGUGUGAGCGUUAGCCGCUGCUGAUGUCGCACCGAACACGACCUGCGAGCGGAACUGAUGUACUGCACUCGCGUCACGCGAAUGGAGCUGUGUGGUGGUGAUAUGUGGUCGGCAGACAGGGUAAAUAAAACUCGACAGCGGGUACCUACUGCUGCCGUGAGACAGCUA